AUGGUCGAUGACCCCCAAAACAUCAGACCCCCAGCCUGCGCCAUCUGGAAAAGCCGUGACGUCACCGCGGUAUCCUCCUUGGUGUUGGGACAGGGGGACCAGGUGAACGCCUCACGGAAGAGAAGAACACUUGAAAAUGCAAUACAAGAGAGUAGAGAUAUUAUCCAAAGAGUAAAGGAUGAGGUUGGUGCCCCAGGAAUUGUGGUUGGUGUGUGUGUUGAUGGUGAGCAUGUCUGGAAAGAAGGAUCGGGCUAUUCUGAUGUUGAGAAUCGUGUCCACUGCAACUCGGAGACAGUCAUGAGGAUAGCCAGCAUCUCCAAGGUUAUCACCAUGACGAUAGUUGCCAAGCUGAUGGAGAACAAUCAACUUGAUAUUGAUAAACCGGUUCAAGAAUAUGUGAAGGAAUUUCCAGAGAAAACCUUUGAGGGGGAAAAGGUUACCAUAACAACGCGUCAUCUAUUGUCACACGUGAGCGGGAUCAGACACUAUGAGACGGCUGAAGAGAUUCAGAAGAAGAAGCAAGAAAAGGAACGAGAGAAGAAAGAAGGCAAGAAGUUGGUCAAGAACGAGAAUGAGUUAAAGAUAAAGGAGUAUAAUCUGAAGGAGAAAUAUGCGAGUGUGAAGGAUGCCUUGAUGAUCUUUAAAGAUGAUGAGUUGAUACAUAAGCCAGGCACUGAGUUCCUCUACUCAACUCAUGCUUGGACGCUUGUUAGUGCUGUGUUAGAGGGCGCCACUAAGAAGGAAUUCCCGGACAUGCUGCGUAGUUUAUUCAAAGAGCUUGGCAUGACGAGGACGUAUCUGGAUGAAAACGAGCCGCUGAUUUAUGGAAGAUCAAGGUUUUAUGAAAGGAACAAUAAAGGUAAAAUAAUGAAUACACCAUACGUGGACAACUCUUACAAGUGGGCUGGAGGUGGAUUACUUUCAACUGUUGGAGACUUGUUAAAGUUUGGCAAUGUUAUUUUAUACAGUUACCAAUGGCAUCCAAACAACUUUUCUUCUGAGCUGUCUACCGGAAUUCAUAUGUCUAAUAAAUCAGAGGAGUUGGUUGUAAAUCAUGAAAAAGACAUAAUCAAAGCAAAAGGCCUUCCAGGAUAUUUAAGUCGGCAGACUAUAGUAAAGACUUGGGACGUGAAUGAGAAGGCCAAGUGCUCAUGGGAUAAGAAUGGUCACUUUGCUUUAGGCUGGGCUGUUGUUCCUGAGAAGAAGACGAAUGGUUGUUGUCAGGAGCAGCGUUUCUAUAUCUCACAUACAGGUGGAGCUGUUGGUGCUUCCAGUGCCUUGGUUAUCCUUCCGCGUGAGGGUGAAGGCAGUCAUACAGUGCCCCCUAGUGGUGUGGUUGUUGGUAUAAUAACAAAUCUGAGUAGUGUUGGACUUGCUAAGGUUGCCAUGGAGAUAGCUGCUUUAUUUGAAGAUGUUCCCAUGCCGAUUCAAGGCAAGUAACUUCUUCCAUGCCAAUUUUCAUGUCGCACACCAAAAUUAGCGUGAACAACUUAUUUCUAGUCACCUUGUUUGUUAAGCACGUAAGCAUGCAGGUUGAUGUCACUGCCUGGCAAAAUCACGCAUACCAUGACACCAAUAAAAAAGUGAGUCACAUUGCAGGGAGGUUUAAUUUGACCACUCAUCACUCACUCCUGUAACUUAACACUUCUAUAGUCGUACUUCCACCUAUCAAAUCCCCGUGUUUUUUGCGCUUACACCUAUGAAUUGCCGUGUCUAAAUAGACCCGUGUGUCAAAUCCCCGUGUAUAUU